UCUCUAUGGCCGCCGGUGGAGCGCCGCUCUAGGCCGCGACGCUCCAUCGCACAAGGCAUCACUCAUGUGCAGUGGAAGUCACCAGCUGGGGCUACGUUGACACUGGGAUGCAACUGGAGAAACUAGCGUGAAAGCCAGCCUUGGUGGAGGUCUGUCGCUCCCGCGGCAAAAGUUCUAGCAUUAAUUGAUGAGCUCAGAAGAAAUCCAUAUGCAGCAGAGGAAACACGAGAAGACUUCGACUGCUGUUGCUGUAGUGACUAUCUGAGGAUGAAGGAGGAUGUGUCUGACUGUUGGAGGAAUCAGCCCCUCCCUGGAGAAGGAAACAGGACUUACACGAAAGAACAACUGCUUGGGGUUCAAAGAAUAAAGCGGUGUAAGAAUUAUUAUGAGAUUCUAGGCAUUGAGAGCAAUGCCACAGACGAGGAAGUGAAGAAAGCGUACCGAAAGCUGGCCCUUAAAUUUCACCCCGACAAAAAUUGUGCUCCUGGAGCAACGGAAGCAUUUAAAGCAAUAGGCACUGCUUUUGCGAUUCUGAGCAACCCUGAGAAAAGACUGCAGUAUGAUCUGUUUGGGGAUGAAGAAGAGCCCGUGUAUAGCAACCUGCCCAAACACUACAAUUAUUAUAGGGAGUUUGAAGCAGACAUCACACCAGAAGAAAUAUUUAAUAUGUUCUUUGGUGGUCACUUUCCAACAGGAAAUGUGCACAUGUUUUCAAAUGUGUCGGCGGAUCCUCCCUGUUACCCGUCCCGGACCAGAAAUGAAAGGACCUGGACACAGGAGGAAGAGGAGGAAGAAAGCCAGCCGCAGAAUACCUAUUCGGCAUUCGUUCAGUUACUGCCAGUAUUUAUUAUAAUAAUUGUGUCAGUAGUAACUCAGCUGAUGGCUACUAACCCACCUUACAGCCUGUUCUUCAAAUCGACGGUAGGACACACUUUUGUUAGAGAAACACAGAACUUUCAGGUGCCUUACUAUGUUGACAAACAUUUUGAACAUAACUAUAAUGGAGAAGCUCUUGAGCUGCUUGAAAAACAAAUUGAAAAAGAAUAUAUCGACUAUGUCCAGACAAACUGCAGGAAAGAAAAGCAGCAAAAAUCGGAGUUGUCUAAUAUGGCCACAUUAUACCGAGAUGAGCGGCUGAAGCAGAAGGCAGAAUCCCUAACCCUUGAGAACUGUGAAAAGCUUUCCAAUAUCAUAGAAAUACAAAGGAGUCGCUGACAGGCAAGAGCUUGGCCGUCCUGCCGAGUCAUGGAUGCUGCCAGUGGGAAGUUCCAACUUAGUUCUGUUUUUUUUCCUUUUUUACAACCAAGAGGAGAAAAAAAAAGCAUAGACUUGGCACUUGGUCCCUUCGUCGUGUGUGAUCUGUGCCGUAUAUAGGCAACGAUUGCUCAAUUAAAUACUAGAUGUUCGGUUCCGAGGGAGAUUUAAUUAUGCUCGACAGCAGUCGUCAUUUGAUCAUUUCAGCCGUUCAAGCACCGCCCAGAUACUUCCCAGGAACAACAACUGCUCUUCUGGCUGUUUUUGCCACUCCGUAUUAGAUCAGUUAACUUGCUUGACAUUUCACAUUGUCAUUUUUCCCUUCGUUUGGAGCCGCUCUUCUGCCUGGUUGACGACAAACGCUUAGCUGGGGCACCAUUUUAUUUAUUUAUUUAUAAAUGUAUCUGUUUAAUGGUUUGUCUAUUUAUUUAUCUAUUUAUUUAUUGGGUGCAUUUCGACCCUGCCUUUCUUCCGUUAUGGAACGCAAGGCAUCUCACAUACCGUUCCCAUCCGAGCAGAGCCGUAUCUGUUCCGCUUCAACGAGACUGCAUCGUUACGAAGCCCACGAGCCGGCUGUAAUACGUUUAGAUCCAGUUCGGAUAUUCAUUCCUGCUCUUUGCAACAAAGCUGGAAGGAAGGGCACUCAAGGAGGGGCGCCCCCCCCCCCCCAUACAUUGGAAGUCAGCGAACCAGGACUUUUGAUUGACAGGACCACUUGGAAGAACAAAAACGCGCUAAAGCUGGAAAAAAGGGUGUCAGUGUUCGUUUAUCAUUCUGCCUGUAGUCAUAUUCUUAUUGUGAAGUGUUAAUAAGAAUGCCUGUGGUGUGUUCUUAGCUUUGAAAAGAGCCUGUUUCCGAACCGUAGAGCCAUAUCCCCUAUUGUUUAGCUGUUGCAUUAGUAUAUUGGUUUGCCUGUGGAAAUCAGAGGCAAGGCCGCAAUUCCUUCUAAGCCUCAGUGUUGGGGUGUCAGGCAAAGUCUUUUGAAGCUGGAAUGGGUGGAAGCCAUCCCCGGACAGGAAAGAAUUAGCUUCAGUUGGUUUCCUGUAAACAUCAGUAUUGACUUUCCUUCGCUGCUUUUUAAUAAUUACAUUGAGAAAAUCAUCCUUGGGUUCAUUAGAGGACAUGUCAAAUGCAGAAGUUGUAUGAAUGGUAUUAAUGAACUGACCUCUGAACUGACUCUGAACUUUCAGAGGUCAUGAAGAGAUCAUCCAAAAAUCUCUUUAUGUUGCCACAGGAGGUGGUGAUGGCCGCAAACCUGGAUAGCUUUAAAAGGGGUUUGGCUAGAUUUAUGGAGGAGAAGUCGAUCUUUGGCUACCAAUCUUGAUC